AAUAUGAUAAUUAUAAUGAUAAUAAAUUGUUUCUUCUUCACAGGAAAUCGAGUUAAAACAGAUUGUACAGAGUUCAGAAGCACAUCCUGUCUGCCCUGCACUGAUGAAACCUACAUGAAUCAUCCCACUGGACUUAAACAGUGUUUUACCUGUGGAAACUGUGAUGCAGGUUCUGGUCUGCAGAUAAAGACAUCAUGUACAUCAACAUCAAAUACAGUUUGUCAACCACUGGAGGGAUUCUACUGUAUGGACUCCACAGAGGACGGCUGUGUGAAAGCACUGAAACACACAAGCUGUCAACCAGGACAAUACAUCAGACAAAAAGGAACCAGCAGCACUGAUACAGUGUGUGACGACUGUCAGCCGGGCUAUUUUUCACAGGAUGGUGUGAACUGCACAGCUUGGACAAUUUGCUCAGAAACUGAAGUGAUGGUCAAAGAAGGAAACCAGACAAAUGAUGUCGUCUGCAGAAGUGCAUCAAGAAAUCACUACUCUUUAUUUUCACCAUUGUUAAUGGUUUUCUCACUAACACUUGCCUGGCUUGUGAGCAGAGUUGAUGGAGAAAUUCUUGUACCCUUGUCACUUUUGAUGAAGAAUAAAGAUGAAGAAACUCCACAGGCUCCAGUUGAUGCUCUCAGAUGACCUCGGAUUUGAUUACUGACUAUUAAAAUGUACUUACACACUUACUUAUACCUGCAACUGACAUUAUGACUAUUAUAAUGAUGGAAUAUUACUGUUACUUCCAUUUAGGCUACUGUUGUUUUUAUUAAAAUGUCAUUACAUUGUUCCAGA